GUUUAGCUGCAGGUGUUGGUGACCAACUCAAGUGUGGCAGAACUGAGAAGAUCCCAACACCAGCUCCAACCUGACCUUCCUCCUGUGUCCGGGUCAGCACCAACCUGUUUUAGAUACAUCAUAAAACCACGGUCUAUUUAAAUGUCUCACACGUCACUCCUAUCCCAGUCAUGUGACCCUAACGGCACCAAACCAAAACAAAGCACGGGCGCGUGUCCAGACCUGAGAACGAAAAUGGUUCUGUUUAAAGUGUAGUUACAGAUGUGCGAGCGCUAGAUGGCGACAUUGACUUGUUGAGCUUCUUGACUCUUUUUUAACAACAGUUUGUGACUUAAUAUUUAUUAGCGUGUGGUGAAACGACUUCCACGCAUUAGAUGAAAUUCAGUUUAAUAUUUAGUGUUUCACAGCGUGGGCUUCGCUGUGGUGACGUCAUCAGCAUGAGACGCGUUAGUAUCGCAGGCAAGGGAUCAUGGGAUUAACGUCGCCUCUCUGCGGUCCAUGUUUUAUAUUCACCACACGUUAGGUUUGUUUUUGUUAUUUUCCAACAGUAAAUACAGCUUCAAAUAAACACACAGCUGAGUCUCAUGUUCCGUUCCUGAAGGUUUCUUUGUUUCAUGAAAUGUAGCUAAAUGGACGCGACUUAGACGUUCAGGCCGGGAGUUGUGGAGGAUUGGAAUCACUUGAAACACUCAGAAGACGUAGUUUCCUCGAUGUUCUUGUCUUGAGAUCACGCCACCUUUCUUGGCGUCGCUCUUCCUGUGAACGUUCAUGUGGUCAACAGAGGCAUCAAAGGACCGCAGUUGUUCAGAAGUUUUUGUAAACGUCACUAAAAAAUAACCUGAUGAAUGCAGACCUUCAUGAUGCUGUUUUAUUCCAAAGGUGCUUUUUAGCUAUGUGACGUUCUGAAACAGUACAAAUAUGACGUAGAACGAGUCCUUUAUCUGCUUUGCUGUGAGCAGUCCUCGCCUCUGACCGGUAGAUGGCGGUAGCACGCAGCGACUGACGUUCUGCGAUCUUUAAAGCACCAAAGAAGAAGUGCAGUCCAGUUUGUUUAUUUUUCGGCGGACGGUUCGAGCGAUGGCUCAGGGCGGGGUGGUCGUGGACCGGGACCAGUUUAGCUGUUCCAUCUGCCUGGAGGUGCUGAAGGACCCGGUGACGAUCCCGUGCGGCCACAGCUACUGCUCCGCUUGUGUCCAGAACUACUGGGACCAGGACGAGUAUCUGGGCGUCUUCCUGUGCCCCCAGUGUCGCCAGAGCUUCAGCCCCAGGCCCGUGCUGGCCCGCAGCACCCUGCUGGCCAAGGUGGUGGAGAAGCUGCGGGAGAGCGGGCUGCAGGAGGCGCCCGAGCUCCUCAGCCAGAGCCCGGCGGAGGCGGACGACGUGGAGUGCGACGUGUGCAUCGGCAGGAAGAACAAAGCUGUCAGCUCGUGCCUGGUGUGUUUGGCCUCCUACUGCGAGCUGCACGUCCUGCCCCACCACCAGGGGGCGGUGUUCGCCAAGCACAAGCUGGUGUGCGCCUCCAGGAACCUGCAGCAGACGCUGUGUCCGCGGCACAGCAAGCUGCUGGAGGUGUACUGCCGCACGGACAAGCUCCUCAUCUGCUCCCUCUGUCUGACGGACCAGCACAAAGGGCACGACUCGGUCCUGGUGGAGGCCGAGGUGCAGCAGCAGCAGCGUCAGGUGAGUGAGUUGAAGCAGCAGGCCCAGCUGUGGAUCCAGCAGAGGGAGAAGGAGGCUCAGGAUGUGAACCAGGCCAUCUACGCUCUCACGUGCUCGUCUCGCGGCGCCUCCGAAGCCAGCGACAGCACCUUCGCCGAGCUGACGCGCACUUUGGAGGUGAAGCGCUUCGAGGUGCGAGAGCUGAUCAAAGCGCAGGCCGCUGUGGCGGUCAGUCAAGCCAAGCAGCUGCUGGAGAGGAUCCACAAGGAGGUGGCUGAAGUGAAGAAGAAGGAGGCGGAGCUGGACAAGCUGAGCCAGACCGACGACACCGUGCUUUUCCUGCAGCGUUAUCAGUCCCUGGGCUCUCUUGCUCCUGCCGCCCCCAUGCCCCCGUUCACCUUUGACCCCAGCCCCAGCUUCGACCCGGUGGUCCGGGCCGUGUCGGAGUUCAAAGGGCUGCUGGAGGAGAUUUCUCAGGACGGCUUCGUGAGCGUCUACGAGAGAGUGAAAGAGGUGGCCAUCGUCACUUCCCAAAAUCCUGUCCAGAUGAGUGCAGUGCAGCCGGGCCCAAGCGGGUCAUCCCCGCAGCCACAGGAAACAGCAGCUGCUCCUCUGGGUUUGGACCAAAGACCUUUCGGCCUCUUCAGUCCAUCCCUCUCUCCCGGAGCCUUCAACUUCACAACAGGCUCCAAGGUUUCCACGGGGGAUCGGCGGAGACACAUGCAGCGGCGAGUCCACCCCAGGAGGAAGUGAACGUUGCUUUUAUUUAUGUUGUAUUUAUUUUUUCUCUGCAUCCAAACUCCAGAGCACCUGAGUUUUAUACAGUAUUUGGAGUGUGACACGUAUUUAUUUCGUUGCCUGGGACCUUUACCUCAAGACUUGCAUCGCAGCAGUGUUCGACUUGGUUCAUGACCUUUGAUUUAGAUGUUUUAACUCUGUAUUUUGUGUUCAAGACACAGUGAGUCGAUUGAAUAUUUUACUGUGAAGUGAAAAAGAGGCAGCAGUUUCGGGACUGAACGUUUUUUUAAACUCCAUUUUAUUAUUAUUAGGUUAGAAAUCUGGUGUCAGAAUAAUAAACAUGGUCGUUUGGA